AUGCAACCUGGACAGUUGCGACGCGAGCAGCCUAUACAACCUUCGUCGAUUCAGAAGAUGCUAGAUGAGAACGUCCGACUUAUACACAGUCUUAUGGCACAUCAAAGAGUUGGAGCCGUUAAAGAAGCAGUGGAAUUAGAACGUGUUUUACAUCGUAAUCUUAUUUAUUUAGCCACAAUUGCUGACCGUACAGCGACGCAGCCUGCAGUCGGACCAACAAAUUGUUCACAUCCAAUUCCUUCCGGUUUGACUCAACCUAAUCAAAUUCAAGACUCUGCACCAAAUUAUCCAUUAUCUGUAGUUAACGCAUCAUCGGAUCUGUCCCAGUCGUCUGUUGUUGGACAACCUCAUCAAAUUUCAGUUAAUUCGUCAGUUCAGCAUCCAGUACCUAUGGCAGUCGGUCCUACAACAAUAUCUACUGUUGGGAAUCCUAUUAUGUAUCAGCAGUAUCUUGUUUCCUCUGCUUCUCAUGUUCCAAAUAAUUUACAAUGCAACAUUCUGGUGGACAAAUUGCAUCUGUCGAAUCGAGUGGUACCGUUUCACCCAAUUCGAUCGCAAUGGUUUCUUCAUAAUUUACAUAUAUUAAAAACAAGUUGA